AUGGUGUACGGUAAGGGAAGUUUCUCCGUCAUCUGCACACUGCUGCUUGUUUGCUGCAGUUUGCUGGAAUGGACCGAGGCUCGGUGCCAUUCUCCUAGCGAAGAGGUUGGUCGACGCCUGCACGGUUUCAGGGAGCGCCAACAUGGCAUGCCUAAGCAUAUAAGACGCAAACCGUGGGAGAUGGGAUUGGGCAUCUACAAGGAAGGAGACAUCAUGGAGAAACCCGCCCGCCAGCGAAACGGCAUUGCUCUAACGGUGUCUCCCAAUGCCCGCUGGCCCAACGCGAUAGUGCCGUACGUCAUCUCUCCGACGGCCUUCACUGCCGCCCAGCGUGCGAUCAUCCUGGAUGGAAUGAAGCAGUUUGCCACCAACACGUGCGUUCGGUUUGUGGAGCGCACCACGCAAUCGCUAUACAUAACGAUCGACAGCACGUCGACGGGAUGCUGGUCUUACGUAGGACGCUCCUCAACCAACACCUACAACCAGGUAAACCUUCAGGCUUCCGACUGCGUGGACGUCGGUACCGUCACGCAUGAAUUGAUGCACGCGAUCGGUUUCUAUCACGAGUUCACGCGGCCCGAUCGUGACAGCUAUGUGACGAUCGAUCGUACUGCACUAGCAGCAUCAUACCAGACUCAAUCAUUCUACGACGACAAUUACGCCAAGAUGCCCGAUGCGGAUGUUGUACUGUAUGGUAGACCCUACGACUACGGCAGUGUGAUGCACUACUCGAAGUAUGCGGCUGCGGCCAGCAACAACCGCCCGGUCAUGAACAACAUCCAACCGUGGACCGGAGAUUUCGGAAACGAUAAUGGGCUCUCGGCGGCCGAUAUUAUCGACAUCAACUAUAUGUACUGCAAUGCGACCUCCACCACGACGCAGGCAACCACAACGACUACUGCGGCACCGGUGACAACCACAACAACGACCACAACGACCACGACAGUUCGCCCGGUUACAACCACGACUGCAAAGGUAACAACAACAACGGCCGCACCGGUUACAACAACCCGCGCCUCCACUACAACGACCCGCGCCUCCACUACAACGACCCGCGCCUCUACUACAACGACCCGCGCCGCCACUACAACCACCCCUGCCACCACUACAACCACCACCCUGCGUACCACAACACGAACUCCGGGUAUAUGGGGAACUAUUGUUAUUGAUAGACCCAUCGUACGUCUUCUAGACUUCAUUUGGUCGCUUCCUAUUUUUAAUUUGUUUGGAUAA